UUCGUUUGAACGAUCCUCUUUCCUCUUUGAUUGGUUGAUUUCUUCGACGACGCUUAUCAGUGCAUAUCCUGUUCAAAGUUAUACUGAAUCAAAGGGGAAAUUUUAUGUGGUUCCUCGUAUUAUAUUUGGUUGAAUUUGAAGCUGUACAGCAUAUACCCGGGGAUUUUAGGAAUAUGGCGGGGGAUGGGUUUAAGGUCAAGUUACAUGUGUACGAUCUUAGCCAAGGACUUGCUAGGCAGCUUUCGGCGACAUUUUUGGGAAAAGCCAUUGAAGCUGUUUGGCACACUGGUCUCGUAGUCUACGGAAAGGAAUACUACUUCUCAGGAGGCAUUCAACACGAUCCGGCCGGAAAGACCCCCUAUGGAAAUCCAGUCCGGAUUGUGGAUCUGGGGGUGACACAUGUACCUGAGGAAGUCUUCGAGGAGUACCUGCAGGAGAUCAGUCCACGAUAUACGGGUGCCACCUACAGCCUUCUCAGUCACAAUUGCAACAACUUUAGCAAUGAGGUAGCACAGUUCCUUGUGGACACCACAAUCCCAGACUACAUCCUCCGGUUACCCAAUGAAGUCAUGAGCAGCCCAAUGGGAGCAUUGAUCCUUCCUAUGAUUCAGCAACUAGAAACAACUUUGAAGUCGGGCACUGUACCUCAAGCCCCUCAGUUUGCUCCUGCCGCUGCCGUCGCUGCGAUGCCUGCUGCACCUAGUGCUGUUACUUCAAGCCCAACCACGACGGAUGCCUCUGUACAAGCCACCGGCAAAGAUGUCAAUUCUGGGAUUUCACCAGCUAAGGUUCCUGACAACGGAAAUGUGGUUCCACCUGCUGUUCAACCAGCUUCAGCAAGAGGGGAGGAGAAUUCUCUGGUGGCAGGUGAUCCCCUGGGCGAGGCUCGCAACAUAGUCCAGGAAGAGAUCGCAAGGGAAUUUACUGCGAUCAUGGCAACUGGGACACUUCGUGCAAGCGAGGCUGCUGCCCUGGCGGCGAGGAGGGUUAUGGAAAGACAUGGACUGGUAAAUGCGCCAAUGCAGCGAGGAUAGGAUUGAAGACCGACUUCACCAUUCUUUCAAAGUCACUGUUAUCGCUUCAAGACACUUCCAAAUGGAACCAACUCAUGGCUAUGACAUGUUCGUCCACUAAAAU